AUGCAAAUACCAACUAUUGACUGUCCAAAUCAAACUAAGACAUCUUCUGCAGUGGAAGAAGGCGCCCGGCGAGGAGUCAGCACGCUCGUAGAAGCCUUUCAGGCCUUCCUCCUCUGGAAAUUUGUCCCAGAUCUGACUGACGUCCACCUGCUCAAGGACCUGGUCGCACAGAGACGUGGCAGCCGACGAGAUGUGGACGAAUACGUGGCGUUGGCUUCCGCACUGGUUCACGAUCUGCUGGGCAAGUCAGAAAAUGCAAUUCAGGCCUGUCGGGUUGGCGGUUGGUAA